CCCCCGCUCAUCAUCGGCGUCAAGAAGGGGGGCACCCGGGCGCUGCUCGAGGCCAUCCGGGCGCACCCCGACGUGCGCGCCGUGGGCACCGAGCCCCACUUCUUCGACAGGAACUACGAGAAGGGGCUGGAGUGGUACAGGAAUGUGAUGCCCAAGACCCUGGAGGGGCAGAUCACCAUGGAGAAGACCCCCAGCUACUUCGUGACCAGCGAGGCGCCGCGGCGCAUCCACGGCAUGGCCAAGGACACCAAGCUGAUCGUGGUGGUGCGGGACCCGGUCACCAGGGCCAUCUCUGACUACACUCAGACCCUCUCCAAGAAGCCAGACAUCCCCACCUUCGAGGUGCUGGCCUUCAAGAACCGGACUCUGGGGCUGAUCGACGCCUCGUGGAGCGCCAUCCGCAUCGGGCUGUACGCGCUGCACCUGGAGAACUGGCUGCAGUACUUCCCCCUGUCCCAGAUCCUGUUCGUCAGCGGGGAGAGGCUCAUCACCGACCCUGCGGGGGAGAUGGCCAAGGUGCAGGACUUCCUGGGCCUCAAGAGGAUUGUGACAGAGAAGCAUUUUUAUUUUAAUAAAACCAAGGGGUUUCCCUGUCUAAAGAAGCCAGAGGACAGCAGUGCUCCCCGCUGUUUGGGCAAGUCCAAGGGUCGAACUCACCCCAAAAUAGACCCAGACGUCAUCCACAGACUGAGGAAGUUUUACAAACCCUUCAAUGUCAUGUUUUACCAAAUGACGGGCCAGGAUUUCCAGUGGGAGCGGGAAGAAAGCGAGAAGUAGAACCACGAAAUCAGGAAAAAAUCUUUUUUGUUUUUGGGAUGUGAAUCAUCGUUUGAGACCCAAAACUCUCCUGGGCCAGAGGCUCAGCUGUGUGUGUCGUGGCUCUUGUGUUGUCAGGGCUGCAGCAGAAGUGGCCCCGCGUGCCCAGUCCGGAGCGGCGCCGGUCUGUCCCCGGCGCUGUCCCCACGGUGACCCCGGGGUCAGGGAGGGGGAGCAGGAGCAGGAGGCAGGGGGAGCAGGGCUGCUCGGCUCCGGGGCACUUGGUGUCCAGGUGUCACUGUGUGUCCCCAGGCAGGCAGGACCAGACCUGCCACAGUGAGCUGGGGCUCCCAAAACCCAGCACCGGGACAAGCCCACUGACUGGAGUUCUCCUGCCCUGCACUUUAGUUUUGCCCAAACAGCAGCAUCAGAUCUGGUAAAUUCAGGCCCUGUGCACUCACUUGCACACUGGUCUUUGUGUGUGGAAGGAAUAAAGCCAGUUAUGCUGCACAGGAACUACGUACAGGAACUUCAUUUGCACCAAACGUUUCAAUUACUUCUUGCACUAAAACUAGAAUUUUCCAAGUGCCACCUGGCCUCAAUUCUCCUCUGAGUGAUGGGUGCACCUCCACUGUCGGGAGAGAGUUGUUCCUUCUUUGCUGAGAUGCUCAGUGAGAUCAGAACUGGGGUCCCCCCGGGUCUCCAUCCCCCUGGAAGCUGAAGGAACAUUCCCAGCUGCCCAGGAGUGAGCCAGGCUCCCCGUGGCUGCCCAGGCACAGCGUGCUGCCCGUGUCCCUGCACAGCUCUGGGCUGUGCCCUGCUCCUGCUUUGGAGCCAGGGGGACCCAGGGGCGGCUGCGGGGCUCUGGGGCCCCUGGCCCUGCCAUUCCUGUGCACCUUGAAAAUGCAAUCCCUGCUGCUGGCGGGGACAGCUGGGGCUGCGGAGCAGGGAGCAGCCUUCCUCUCACUUCAGAACUACAAAGGAGCUGCUCAUUGCCAGGAGAGCACUGCCCGGAGCACAGAGCCUGGGCUUUCUGCUGGAAAUGACCCAGUCACCCAAAUCUGCAAAUCCUGUAGAAACUAUAAAAUAAACCCAUAUCCUCACUCGAUCCCCCAGCGUCACAAGAGCUGUUUGCUGGGCCCAGCAGAAGCAAGAGCAGCACUUUCACACAACUGCACAGUUCCACCUGCCCUGCUGCAGCAGCCCGGGCAGGGGGGAGCCAAGGGGAAAUGCAGAGCUGCUGCAAGGGUCCCUCACACGGUGGUUUCUCAGGGCACUCAGACACCGCUGGCAGCUCUCUGCUCUGCUGGGGGAAAGGCUGCCUCCCGUUGGGGUGCAGCAGGAGACCCCCUCCCACGGGGCAGAGGGGCAGGGUGGGCUGCAGGACCAGGGCUGGGCUCUGACUGAGGUGAGGGAGCUUUCCCCAUCUCCAGCUGGGUGCAAUCCUGCUGCAUUCCCUGGGUGGCAGCUGAGCCUGCCCCGGGUUCCAGGGCCUGUCUUCGGCUCUGGGGCCUUGGAUGGGCGACAAGAGCUGAAGCCACCUGCAGCAUUUACUGCUGCGGGGCACUGCCAGCUCCCUCGGGCAUCCCACCAGCCUGGGCAGACCAAAACCAGCUCCUGACACUGCACCGUCUUCACAAACCCACCAAAUGACUACAGGAACACUGCAAGCAUACCAGAGUGGUGUUAGAGUGUUUCAGUUAAUGAAAUGUCAGAACAGGUCCUACACCAAACCCGUUGUUGCAUAAGUUGGUGCAAGAUGCUGGCUGGAGGAGCAGGGGCUCCAGGCCCAGUGUCCCCU